AUGAAGAUUCUAUCUUUCGUAACAUUGAUCCUACCAUUCGCCGCCAAUGGACUAUCACUUCAAUCCAACAGCAAUAUGAAAAAAGCACCAGCAGUUGACACUCAAAGACGGAACCUGUUUGCUGCUCUUCCUGCCGUGUUCCUCGCUCCCGCUAUUAGCAAUGCUUUGGACAUGGAUGCCUUCGUCAAUUCAGAAAUUGCUAAGGAUUCAACGAAGAGAGACAUGACACCGGAUGAGGCUAUGUGCAAAUACGGCCAAUCUGGUGAAAAGAAAUCUGCAGCAUGCAAGAGAUACAAAGGCACUGGAGGAACGGUAGAGGUCAAAAAGGAAAAGAGUCUUGGAGGGGCAUACGCUAUGUAA